CUGUCUACACAGUAAGGUUCGAGAACAAGACAAUGUAUACAACAGGAAUGGUCACAAUGCCUGAGUCAAUUCGACCAGUGGCAGAAACAAAAAAUCCGGCUCCAGGAAUAUGUUUGCCUGUCAUCGUCAAUUUUUGUCAAUAUCACAAGAUUCCCUAUAAUUUUACGGUCUUUCCAAACUACAUGGGAAAUUUUGGCCAACGUGACGCUCAGCACGAAUUGGAGCUGUAUGAUGCGAUUGUGGACGUCAGAUGUUACGAGUUAGCAGCCUUAUUUCUCUGUAGCGUAUUCGUUCCGAAAUGCGGUUCAAGAGGACAAGUGGUUCGACCCUGUAGCAGCUUAUGCCACCAAACGAAGAGGCGCUGCGGAUUCUUUUUGGAGGUUUUCGGCUUGACACUUCCAGACUACUUGCAUUGCGAUCUUUUCCCAGAAAGUACUAACCCAGACGAAUGCGUUGGUCACUAUGAAGUCAUCGAGGCUGCCAAACGAGCGGAAAAACCCGGGCAAUCCAGAACAACAGGAGGGGCCGGUUGACAAAGG